AUGCGUGCGUUGGAAUCACGAAGGAUGAAGUCUCGGUCCCAUUUUGUUAGCCGGCAAAUACCCCUGCUUCAAAUUGCCAAAGUGCUAUACGACGAAUCUGCAGAGGCCGCCAAAAGAAUUCCCUUGUCAAAGGACUUCGUUCUGUCCGUUGCUGUACCAAUUGCAACUACAGCGCUUCAUGACAUUCUUCCAGAUUGGAGAUUCCAGACGGUAAUUAUGUGCUCCGAAAAGGUUGAGCUCAAAAUAUUGGAUAGCGUGACUCUCCGUGGGAAUCUGUACCCUGCAAUGACCAGGGGAUCAGCCAUCAUCCUAGGGGUCGGUGUUAGUCUUCAUAAAUGGACGCAUCUGACUGAGGAUUACUCCGACGCUUUGACAUUCCUAUCCACGUAUAAUGCCGUGGACCCAAAUCAGAUUGGGUUUUGGGGAAUGUCUUUCAAUGAACCUAUGGUGCUAGCCGCCGCAGCUCUAGAUCCACGAGCGAGAUUUUUAUUGCUUGUUGUCCCUGAAGAAGGAAGCCAUGUUUUUGGCGUGCCUGAUUCUGAAGGGCGAAAGACGUAUAAACUGAUCCAAGGCACUAUGCCUACUGCCUUCCGUUAUCGGAACCAUGUUACCUUUGUGAAAUGGGAGCUUAAGGGACCAAAAAAGUUGCACCUUGCGAAUGGGCCCGAUACGAACAAAAGGCAGAAGCUGCAGGUGGAUUCUAUUCGAGGUGCCGUGAGCGGGAAAUCCGUUCGCUACUAUAGCAUUAGGCACACUGACGUUUAG